AUGGAGCAAAGUGAAAGAAGAUAUAAUUUACGGUCGCUGCCCGGGGGUCGCCGGGGCGCACCUGGAGCCGGUGCUGGGUGCUCCAGUCUACGAACCACCGGUGAUGAGACGCUGAACAGGCGGGCUCUCGUCACACAAGAUGCUACAGCCGGUCGUCGGGAGUUGAGCAAGCGGGCUCACGACGUUGAAGCUACAGCUGAAUCUAUAGGCGAUGAUACCAUCUCACUUUUUUCAUCUAUCCCUUCAACUCGCCCCUCAUACAUGACACGGAGAACAUCUACUGUUUCUUCUUCUAGUACGCUAGAUGGUGUUGUGCGAGAUGUCAUUACAGACUAUGAGCUUGCACCCACCUCUGGUCUUAACCGAACGCGCAGGCGAUGGACACCUGAAAUGAAUAUUUUUAUACUGCGCACUUAUCUACAACUAACAACAUUACACACCGACACCAAGAAUUAUCUUGAACCUUUACACUUAAAAUUCAUAGAAAUGUUUCCAAAUAUGAAUGUCAGCCGUCAAAGAGUAGGAGACCAACGUAGAGCAAUAGUACGCAAUAAAUUGUUACCUCAAGAAACAAUAAACCAAAUUUAUGACGAUGUAAGAAAAGAAUUAUCUCACCCUCAUCAUAUUCAUCAAAACCGCGAAUCUGUAAGAAAUAUACAAAAAGAUACUUCUGAAUCACACAACCCACAAACUCAAAUUCGUAUGAAAUGGACAAAUGAACAAAAUGAGAGCUUAAUACGAUCCUAUUACAGGAUAACACAAUUGGAAACAAACAAAACAGCUUACCGGAAAUCAUUACAUGAAGCUUUUAUUAGAGAUUUUCCCACAUGUGCUCAAUUAAGUGAACAGAGAGUUGCUGACCAAAGACGAGCAAUUAUACAUAAUAAGUAUAUUUCUGACAAUAGAUUAAAUGAAAUAAAACAACAAAUAGCACAAGAAUUGUCAACUAAUCUUAAUAAUUUAAAUAAUGGUACAAAUAAAGCCAACACCGUAAAUGAGCCCAACACUGCUAAUACUGACAAUGAAAAUCUAAAUAAUAUAGAAUUCAACCUUCUAGAACAAGAUCCACUGGCUUCACAGCAAAUAGAAAGAGAUCCAAUAAUAGACGAAACUUUUCGAAAGGCAUUUCAAUAUUUCAAAGAUAUAGAGCCUACAAGCAGAAAUCACAUUCCUAAACAAAAACCAUCUAAAAAACUGGCUAAAAUAGUACAUUAUCUAAACGAAGUAACACUGUCUGAAAAUAAUAAUGCAGAGACAGAUUUCAUCACUUUACAAACUACAAUAUAUUGUGCAGCUUGGACAGCAGCUAAAGUAAAUGGAACCAAAUUAAUACUGGAACCAGUGGAAAGAUCCCGGCAAAUGAAAACUCAUAAGCCGAGUUGGCAACGGCGACUAGAAAAACGCUUAGAAGACUUGCGUACUAAAAUAGGUAGAUUAAUCCAAUUCAUAAAUGGUAAUACAAAUAGAAAACUAGAAAAACAAAUAAAAAACAUAGUAGAACAAUAUAAAACACAUUCUGCACACGAGGAAUCUAACAUGCAUCUCACACACACACUUGAUACGCUUAAACAGAAACUCGCAGUCGUAUCAGGUCGCUUACGAAGAAAUAUUAUACAAGCAACGACAAAUAUACAAGAAAACAGAAAUAGUGAUAAUAAAGGCAAUCUACCAGAUAUGAAGAACCUCCGUGACUUUUGGGCAGGAAUUUGGGAAAAUCCUGUUGAACACAACAUGCAAGCUGACUGGAUACAGUCUGAAACUGCAAAUAACAACUCAUCUAUACAAGAAAUGACAUUUGAGUACAUUCCAAUGACCACAUUUAAAAAAGUACUAAGUAACCUACAUAACUGGAAAUCAGCAGGUUCAGAUUGUAUCCACAGUUAUUGGUAUAAAAAAUUUACUAAAACCCAUGAACAUCUGCUUAAACAUAUUAAUCAAUUCAUUGAAAACCCGAACACAAUCCCAGAUUACAUCACCCGUGGAAUAUCUUUUAUGAUUCUUAAAGACUUUAAAGAUCCUGCUAAUCCCGCAAAAUACAGACCAAUUACGUGUUUACAAACGUUAUAUAAAAUUAUGACAUCCUGCAUAUCUGAACUAAUAUAUGAACACAUUGCCGAAAAUAAAUGUCUAGCCGAACAACAGAAAGGAUGUAGAAAAUUUAGUCAAGGAUGCAAAGAACAAUUAAUUAUAGAUUCUGUGGUCUUAAAACAAGCCUUAAAGUCAAAAUCUAAUUUAUUUUCUAUGUACAUUGACUAUAAAAAAGCUUAUGAUUCUGUCCCUCAUUCAUGGUUAAGAAAAGUACUAGAAAUAUACAAAAUACAUCCAAAAAUAAUUACCCUUUUAAAGACGGCAAUGAAAAAUUGGACCACUCAAUUAAAAAUACCCACAUCAUCUACAACAAUAGAGACGCAACCCAUUAAAAUUCAACGAGGUAUCUUUCAAGGUGAUGCACUAAGCCCUCUGUGGUUCUGCCUUGCCCUAAAUCCCCUUUCAAAUAUAUUAAAUUCAACACAAUUAGGAUUUCAUAUUCAAGAUAAAAGUAUUAAUGGACAUCCAGAACCUAACGAAACCAUAAAUCAUUUACUUUACAUGGAUGACAUAAAGCUUUAUGCCAGUAGUGAAAAUGAUCUCAUUCAACUAGCUACCCUCACUGAACAGUUUACAAAAGAUAUUAAAAUGGAAUUCGGUAUAGACAAAUGUAGAAUAAAUUCAAUUAAAUGUGGGCAGUAUUUUCAACACCACUAUACAAUGACUACAGGAGAACAAAUCGAACCACUAGAAGAACAGGAAACAUACAAAUAUUUAGGGUACAAUCAGGCACGCCAAAUUCAAUAUAAGGAAAUUAAGCAACAAUUAAAACAACAGUUUCGUCACAGACUCAACACUAUUCUUAAAACGCAACUAAACGCCCGAAAUAUAAUAAAAGCUAUUAAUAGUUUUGCUAUCCCUAUACUUACAUACUCUUUUGGCAUUAUUACUUGGACAAAAUCAGACCUAAAAGCUCUACAACGAAUAAUACACACCACAAUGACUAAGACACAUAAACAUCACCCCAGAUCUUGUCUACAAAGACUGACGCUGCCCAGAAAAGAAGGCGGUAGGGGCCUUAUAGACAUAGUGAAUCUACAUAAUAAACAAAUUACAACUCUAAGGCAAUAUUUCUUCAAUAAAGCCGAAUCCUCUCCAAUCCAUAAAGCAAUAAUAAAUAGUGAUCACAAAUUAACACCUCUUAACCUGAAAAAUAAAACGACACAAAAUAACGAAAAAAUUAUUGAAGAAAAGACCAAAAUUGCCGAGUGGACUGGAAAGUCUUUACAUGGAAGGCAUCGACAAGACUUAUGCCAAACUAAUGUCGACAAAGAGGCGUCGAACGCAUGGCUAAGUCGAGGAGAACUCUUCCCAGAGACUGAAGGUUUCAUCAUGGCAAUUCAAGAUCAAGUAAUAGAGACUAAAAACUACCAGAAAUAUAUAACAAAAACCCUUACAUCUGAUAUAUGUCGUAAAUGCAAUAGCUGCCCGGAAACGAUUCAACACAUCACAGGAGCAUGUAAAGCAAUAGUGCAAACUGAUUUUAAACAUAGACAUGACCAGGUAGCCAAUAUAAUACACCAAAAACUCGCCUACCAAAACAAUUUCAUUACCUCCAUUCAACCAUAUUAUAAAUAUAAGCCUGAGAGUGUACUAGAAAAUUCCACAGCUAAACUUUAUUUUGAUCGAGCCAUCCUCACAGAUAGAACAAUCCACUACAAUAGACCAGAUAUUACAUUAAUAAACAAAACAAACAAAACUGCUUAUUUGAUAGAUAUAGCUGUACCUAAUACACACAACAUACAAAAUACAAUAGCAGAGAAAAUAUCUAAAUACACCGAACUUCAAUACGAAAUCACCCGACUUUGGAACUUACAAAAAGUGACAAUAGUUCCAAUAGUACUGUCCACGACAGGUGUAAUACCAAAACAACUGCAUCACGCGAUAAAUACUCUAAAGUUACCACCCAAUAUUUACCAUCAAUUACAGAAAGCCGUAAUCCUAAAUACAUGCCGAAUUGUCAGGAAGUUUCUGCAAAUUGGACUAGACGUUCCUGGUACAUCUACAGGUUAA